AUGGGCCUUGACAACUGCAUGUGGGACGGUGCCCUUCGGGGACUGCUUGUGUUGGUACCAAAUGGACCUGGAAAGGCAGCUGUGUAUCUUGAUGACUGGAAUGGCAUCAUGACAAUGAUCAAGUGCUCUUUGUCCAUAGAUGACGGCUACUCCGCAUACUACUCCAUCCUCGCUGAAGUUAAGGUCUGUCGACCAAGUGCGGGCCAGAAUGCGGGGCCCCCGCUCGUGCAUAUCGAGAGCAUCAUUCUCGCAAUCUUGUUUAGCAAUAAAGAAGCUCUGGAUGCCCUUACUUGGGAUGCCUUGUGA